CCUCAUGUGUGGCUCGCUUGGCUCGAUUACCUAUCUUUAUCGCUGUCGACGCCGCCAGCGUUGUGGUUGAGCCCGUUGAACGUCUCUUUUUUUUAUUCUUUUUUCUUUGACCUUCCAGGCUAUCCGAGCUGGAGGGUUUUCGGCGCAAAGUGAGCUGAAAGUGUUCCUGGCCAGUUGACGCUGACCUGCGAGGUUGAGCGAACACCUUCAAGAGGCAUGUGUGCCGUGCUUGGGAACUGCCAUGUCUGGAAUUGCGAUCGCCCGACUCUCGGAAGAGCGGAAAGCGUGGAGAAAAGACCACCCGUUUGGGUUCGUUGCCCGACCGACAAAGAACUUGGACGGAACAUUAAAUCUGCUCAACUGGGAGUGUGCCAUCCCAGGAAAACAGGGGACACCCUGGGAAGGAGGCCUCUACAAGCUGCGCAUGGUCUUUAAAGAUGACUAUCCCUCAACACCACCCAAGUGCAAGUUCGAGCCUCCUCUGUUCCACCCAAACGUGUACCCGUCGGGUACGGUGUGUCUGUCGUUGCUGGACGAGGAGAAGGACUGGAGACCCGCCAUCACCAUCAAGCAGAUCUUGUUGGGUGUUCAAGACUUGCUCAACGAGCCCAACGUCAAGGACCCAGCGCAGGCAGAGGCAUACACCAUCUACUGCCAAAACGCCCUGGAGUACGAAAAGCGCAUCAGAGCACAAGCAAAACAAAUGGCAUCGUCAGAGUGAAAGGGAAAAAAAAAACUGUCCUUGCUGUCCCAACCCCAGCAGCAGCCUUGAUUCCACUGGCUGUCACUCGGAGAGCUUCACGAUUGGGCCAUCCUGCACAACCCGACUUUGCCACUGGUUCUGACUGGCAUCAUUUGGCGCUCUUUGUAUCUUAAGUUACUGUAAAUAAAGUCAUUUUUUUUACUAUAAUAAUUUAACACAUUGUA